AUGUUAGAUUGGCCAUCUAAAUCACCUGAUUUGUCACCGAUUAAGCAUUUCUGGGACGUUCUUGGGCGACGCGACCUUUAUCAAGGCAAAGCAUCUACACCAGAUUAUGUUUCCCGGGACAUUUAUCAAGGCAAAGCAUCUACACCAGAUUAUGUUUCCCGGGACAUUUAUCAAGGCAAAGCAUCUACACCAGAUUAUGUUUCCCGGGACAUUUAUCAAGGCAAAGCAUCUACACCAGAUUAUGUUUCCCGGGACCUUUAUCAAGGCAAAGCAUCUACACCAGAUUAUGUUUCCCGGGACAUUUAUCAAGGCAAAGCAUCUACACCAGAUUAUGUUUCCCGGGACAUUUAUCAAGGCAAAGCAUCUACACCAGAUUAUGUUUCCCGGGACAUUUAUCAAGGCAAAGCAUCUACACCAGAUUAUGUUUCCCGGGACAUUUAUCAAGGCAAAGCAUCUACACCAGAUUAUGGUUUUACGUGGACCUUUGUCUAA